GGACACCAUCCUGACGUCACACCCAAACAGGAAGUGCUCCCUGCUUAUCAGACAAUUGAUGGAGUAAAUAUCGACAAAUUCAUUAAUUAUAAGUGGUUAACAUGUCUCAAGAUCCCUGGUUACAGAAUUAUGAAGCCACUUGCCGCCUUGUCCAAGAAAUUGCAGAGAACAUUCAUGAAAGAAACAGACAACAGAGGACAAGAGGGAAUCCUGCAAAGAUGAACAUGACACUGCGAGCGUCGCUACAGAAGCUGAAACAGAACAUCAACCAGCUCAGAGAGAGUUUGCUCCGAGUCUCGUCCUCCCGGCGCAUAAUGCAGUCAGAAGCCGAUCGGAGACAGAACCUUGUUGACGACCUGGUCACCAGGGACAAGCAGCUAAAUGCCACGUUCAAGGGUGACGUUACACAGCCAGAGCCCUCGAGGUCGACCCUGAUGGUGGGGGGAGAAGGAGGGGCCGCGGCCAACCCCUGGCUGGUCAACGAGCCAGAGGAGACCAGGGGCCUGGGCUUCUCCGCGAUCAAACAGCAGCAGCAGCGCAUCGUCGAAGUUCAGGAUGCUGGGUUGGAUGCGUUAGCCGCCGUCAUCAGCCGACAGAAGCUGAUGGGUCAGGAUAUAGGCAACGAGCUGGACGAGCAGAAUGAAAUCAUCGAUGACCUCACCCACCUGGUGGACAAGACGGAUGACCGGAUCCGCAACGAGACACGAAGGGUUAAGCUGGUGGAGACUAAGUCGGCUUCCUGCGGGAUGCUGGUGGUGAUCGUGCUCCUGCUCAUUGCUAUAGUGGUGGUUGCUGUGUGGCCCACUAACGAAGAGGCUGAGGGAGCGUUUUGGACGUCGCACCGUCCGUCGCAUGACCACUGA